GUUACCAAACACAAAACAUUGGCCUUGAAAGUGACUGUAGUGUGUGAGAUCCGGUAGUGAACGCAAGUAUGUCAGUGUGCUUUUCUGGCGCGUGUUAUGUUGUCUACUAACUUGUUUUGUAAGCACCGUAAUGCAAGACGAGACUGACACGGAGCCCACCUCUGGGUAUUGGUCGUGGUGGCCAUCUUGGAGGCCGACAUCGAUGUCCUUGUUGAAAAGUGCUGAGGCUAAAAUUCUUGCCUGUGUCCAAAAUGACGUGUGGUCCAGAUUUGUGACACUGCCCAAUCAAAACAGAACAUGGACCCUUAAAGUGACCAACAAGACAUCACGCAAACCUACAAACCAAGCCGCUCAGACGCCUCUUGUUAUGGUCCAUGGGUUUGGAGGUGGCGUCGGUCUGUGGAUUCGUAAUCUUGACGCAUUGAGUCAAUCUCGACCCGUCUACGCCUUCGACCUGUUGGGCUUCGGUCGUAGUUCCCGCCCCUCGUUUCCCUCUGACGCAUCAUCGGCUGAAGAGCAGUUUGUUAGUUCCGUAGAGCAGUGGAGACAAUCAUUGGGACUGGAACGCAUGAUCCUGUUGGGCCACAGCCUGGGUGGUUACCUGGCAACGUCAUAUACUAUUCAGUAUCCUGAGAGAGUCAGUCACCUCAUCUUGGUGGAUGCGUGGGGUUUCCCCGAACGACCCCAGCAGCAGGUACAGGGCUCAGGAGGUCAAGGGUCAGAGGUUAAAAGGGUAUCACCACCUCGCUGGGUCAAAGCUGUGGUUUCAGUGGUCAGCCUCUUCAACCCGCUGGCCGUCAUCAGGGCGGCUGGACCUUGGGGUCCGGGGCUGGUGAACAGAUUCCGUCCUGACUUCAAGAGGAAGUUUGAGGAUCUGUUUGAUGAUGACACAAUGACACAAUACAUUUACCACUGUAACGCUCAGAACCCCAGUGGAGAGGUGGGUUUCAAAGCCAUGUGUGAGUCCUUUGGCUGGGCGAAGAGGCCGAUGGUCCAGCGCGUGAAUUUGCUGCCACCCUCGAUGCCCGUCACCAUGCUUUACGGCGCACUUUCCUGGGUGGACAGCACCACUGGAAACACGGUGGCUCAGAUACGAGGCAAAAGCCCCACCAGUGUCAUACUGAUUGAAGACGCAUCCCAUCAUGUGUACGCCGACCAGCCGGAAGAGUUUAACCGAGUGGUUCAGAAUAUCUGUAAUACUGUAGACUGAGAUUGAAGAUGAAGUAUUACAGAACAAACUCAAUGUCACAGGAUUUCUGAACAAGGUCUGUAAAACACAGCCUGAAGAGAACUGCCAAAGUUUACUGAUCUGGGAUCAGAUCACUCGAGUGCCCGUUCGAUUCAAACCUUUAGAACAAAGCUGUUCUGAGGCUCAUUUUAGUGUUGGUGGCCUUUAAUGAUGUGGAAAAAAGGAUUGUACUGCUGAAUUUAUUUCUGUAUUUCUAUCCUAUAUUUUUUCAGUAUCCUAUAUAUUCAUCCUAUAUCAAAUUUAAUUUUCAAGUACUGAGAGGGUCUUGAUAAAAGAUGUUAAAAGAAUGUUUAAAAAUGUCAGUCGUUGGACAGUCAUAUUGACUUAGAGUAUAGGGGUUAAAUGUACAGUAAUAAUUGUUUCAUUUACAUUAUAAAUAAUUGUCUGUAUUUUGUUAUGUGCACGGUGCAUCUUAAUAUAUUGUUGUACUUUGAACUCUGUUUUGUCCGCUUUAUUUUUAUUUUCAUGUUAAUAUUUCUCUGAGCCCUUUGUUUCUGAUGGUUUGAGAAUUAUAAAAUGUCCACUAAGAGGCGCCAGCUCCAAGAUUUUGAUAAAUCUACAGAUUUAAAGGGAAAUUCUGUCAUGAAUUUCUCCCCCAAAUUGUUCCAAACCUGUAUACAUUUACAUAUACAGGAUAUCUGGAAAAAAUGUUAGCAACUGACAUUUCUGGGACAUCAUUGACCGCCAUAGUAGGAAAAAUUCAACAUAGUCAAAGGUGCCCUAGAACUUAGUUAGCUUUCCUAAAUUCUUAAAAAUAUCUAAUUUUGUGUUCAACAGAACAAAAGAAAUUCCUUAAAUAAAUUGUUAGAUUGCUUUGGAUAAAGACAUGUACUAAAUGGAAUGCAGAGAAGAACGGGGCGAAAUCUAAUGCUUUUUGGUUGUAGUUCAAUCAUCGUCAAAUGUUAACUUGCUAGAAAAUUCACUUUGAAAACAAAUAACUCCAUAUUAUUCCAUGAACUAAAGCUGGAUAUUGUUUGCACAUCUAUCUUCCAGUCAUCCCUCAUGUUACAUCCUUCUAUUAUAAAUCAAUACAUAUGGAUAGAUAGAAAAUGCUGCACAAUUAUAAGCCAAGAGAACAGUUGCUAGGUAUGGCUGACAUGUUUUAAUAUGGUGCUUUGUUUUUGGCAACAAGGCAGUGGUAUAAAGGAUUGAAUAAAAGGUUGAUUAUGACUUGCACACCCAACUGAGAAAUCGAAAAGAAACAGGCUAUGAUUAAGAAAUUUACUUUGCCAAAAUUUGCUUUCCUGUAGCUCAGUGGUUGGAGCAGGCUUAGCAGCUCAUUGGUUCGAACCCAGGGAUUGCACAUAUACUCAGAUAAAAAUGUAUAGUAUAAUGCAAUGUAAGUUGCUUUGGAUAAAAGCGUCUGCCAAAUACAAGUACAAAACACUGUUUCCAUGAAAACCCAUCACAGAUUCACUGAUGACUGUGAAACACAAAGCACAAAUCGGUCGACCUUCUUUAACUAUAUGCUCAAUAAAACAUCUGUGUUACAGUUAACCCUGCUCAACCCUAAAUGUAAAACUUAACAAUAGAUGGAAAACAUCUAGGCCCGAUUUCACAAACAAGGCUUAAUGCUAGUCCCAGACUAAAAUGAAUGUGUGACCUGUCUUAACUCAGUAUAACUUGCCCAGAAAUAUCUUAAAAUGUAUCAGUGCCAUUGUUUUGUCUCAAAAUGCACACCAGUACUGUAUUCUAAGAUAUUUUUAUAAAAGUGACAUAAAAAUCUUAAUUCAAUCAAGGCAUAGCCCUGGCUUAAGAUAAGCCGUGUCUGUGAAACUGGGCCCUAAUGAUCUUAACAAUGUCUCAGAUUUACUGCAUGCACGGAUCCCUGACAUUUUUGAGACAACAUGCAUAAAGUUUUGUUCAAAGCCACUAAAUUAACAUUUCUUUAAGGAUAGAACAGCAUUUAGGGGUUAAAAACCCACGGUUGCAGGCUUUUAAUCAAAACAAACUUUUAUCAUUUCUUUUGACAAGGUUUGGUUUAACAGAGAAGGCUUAAGACUAGUCUCAGAAUAAAAUGCAUGUUUGAGCCAUUUUAACCGAAAACAACUUGCACGGACAUCUCUUAAAAAUAUAUCAAUACAAGACUCAAGAUUCACACCAGUAAUAUUUUUUUAAGGCACAUUUAUAAAAAUACACAAAUGUCCUAAUUUAACUAACAUUCACUCCUGGUUUAAUCCAAAACGUGUCUGUGAAACCAAAAGUGCACCUUACAUAUGUUAUAAAUAGAAAUAUAUGUUUUGAUAAUCAUAUUUUUAUCAUAAGCACCUUGUGCCCUGUUAUUUUGUUCACAUUUAAUUUCUUGUCUUUCUCAAGUGUUUGU